UAAAAAUGUCCCCAGCAGCACCGCGGCAGAAGGGGCUCCGCUGAGCUCAGGAGAGGAGGCGUGUUCCGCCCGGCCGCCCUCCCACAGCGCGUCGACCCUGGGCCGCUCCUGGCGGAGGGGAAGAGAACAGAGGAAGGCACCACACUCCGCAGGCCCUCCGGCAACAGCUCCAGCUGACAGCGUCACCUCCCUCCAGCUUAUCCCUCUUCUGCCAAGACUCUGAAAUGCCAACUAUGUCGAGGCCUGCACUGGAUGUCAAGGGCGGCACCUCCCCCGUGAAGGAGGAUGCCAAUCCGGAGAUGAAUGCUCUGGCCUACUCUAACCUAGGGGUGAAAGAUCGAAAAGCAGUGGCCAUUCUACACUACCCUGGGGUGGCCUCCAAUGGAACCAAGGCCAGCGGGGUUUCCACUAGCACCUCGGAAUCCCCAUCUCCAAUAAGCUCUCCUACUGCCACCCCUCCCACUAAGCCCCCACCCUUCAACCUGCACCCCACCCCUCACCUGCUGGCUAGUAUGCAGCUGCAGAAACUUAAUAGCCAGUAUCAUGGGAUGGCUGCUGCUGCUCCCAACCAGUCUGGGGAAGCCGGGCCUCUGCAAAACUGGGGCUUUGGAGCACAGGUGGGAGGAGUGGGGACCCUUUCUCCUGCUGGUGCCCAGAGCCCUGCUAUAAUCGAUUCUGACCCAGUGGAUGAGGAAGUGCUGAUGUCGCUGGUGGUGGAACUGGGACUGGACCGAGCCAAUGAGCUUCCGGAGCUGUGGCUGGGGCAGAACGAGUUUGACUUCACCGCGGACUUUCCGUCUGGCUGCUGAUGCCAAGUACCCAUAAAGAUGGAGGAAUAAAGCCACCAAUUCUGUUGUAAAUAAAAAUAAAAGUUACUUGCAAAGAGACAGGC